AUGUAGAAAACAUAAUUGGUGAAUUUUUUGUAAAAUGGAUCAAAUUAUUAUCCAUUUGGUGAUAAGCCUGAUAAUAGUUAUUCUCCAGAAGGAAAAUUUAAACCAUAUAUUUGUGAAAGAAAUUAAGUUGGAAAACUUGUAAAUACCUAAAGUUAUACCUUUUCAUUAAAUAGAAAAAAUACUAAACAAAGAACCAGUGAGUAAAUUAAUCAAUUAGAAUCUAAUGAAUUAAUAAGAUAUAAAUUUCAUACUGAAUUAGAAUCUCCAAAAUACGAUCCAAAUACAAAAUAUGUCACUUUAAUACCAACUAGCUUUAAAAGUGAAGAUUUUUAAAAGCAAAUAGAUAUUAAAUCAUAUACCCUUAAUCAUAAUUAAGUAGAAAGAGGUCAAUAAAUGAAAAAAUAAUUGAAAGGACUUAAUAAUAAACAUUAAUUAAUAAGUAGAAAUACUAAAAAUUUGACUUCUUAAAUUCCAGCCAUAGGAAUUUAUGACCCUUUACCUAUAAAUAAGCAUUUACCAAAUAUUUAGAUUAAAUCUAAAUCAAUUUAGAAAUUACCAGAAGUUUGGGAAAGAAAUACUUCAGUAGUUACACCUAAAUAAAGUUUAAAACAUUGUGUAUCAGAAAUGAUGUUUGCAAAAUAGAUUGCUCAAAUAAAUAGAGAAGUUGAACAAUAAAUGAAAAGAAAUCCGAAUCAAAAAUUUGCAAUUUAGUAAUUCGAUGUUAAUGAAAAUAUGAAUUUAGAAGAAGCUGAAUAAAUGAGAAACAGAAUGAAAUUAUAUUUUCAAAGUGUUAAAGAUAGCCUAACAAAAAUAAAAAACUUAAUAAAUUUGAAAAGAUGA